AUGCCAACCGAGCAAAGCGAGCUAGUGGUGCAGUACCUACUGGAUGAGCGCGACACUAGCGAACGCAACACUAGCGAGCGCGACACUAGCGAGCGCGACACUAGCGAGCGAAGCGAGGUAGUGAAGCAGUACUUACUAGAUGAGUCUACUAUCGAGCGCAACACUAGCGAGCGAAGCGAGGUAGUGGAGCAGUACUUACUAGAUGAGUCUACUAUCGAGCGUGACACUAGCGAGCGAAGCGAGGUAGUGGAGCAGUACUUACUAGAUGAGUCUACUAUCGAGCGCAACACUAGCGAGCGAAGCGAGGUAGUGGAGCAGUACUUACUAGAUGAGUCUACUAUCGAGCGUGACACUAGCGAGCGAAGCGAGGUAGUGGAGCAGUACUUACUAGAUGAGUCUACUAUCGAGCGCAACACUAGCGAGCGAAGCGAGGUAGUGGAGCAGUACUUACUAGAUGAGUCUACUAUCGAGCGUGACACUAGCGAGCGAAGCGAGGUAGUGGAGCAGUACUUACUAGAUGAGUCUACUAUCGAGCGCAACACUAGCGAGCGAAGCGAGGUAGUGGAGCAGUACUUACUAGAUGAGUCUACUAUCGAGCGUGACACUAGCGAGCGAAGCGAGGUAGUGGAGCAGUACUUACUAGAUGAGUCUACUAUCGAGCGCAACACUAGCGAGCGAAGCGAGGUAGUGGAGCAGUACUUACUAGAUGAGUCUACUAUCGAGCGUGACACUAGCGAGCGAAGCGAGGUAGUGGAGCAGUACUUACUAGAUGAGUCUACUAUCGAGCGCAACACUAGCGAGCGAAGCGAGGUAGUGGAGCAGUACUUACUAGAUGAGUCUACUAUCGAGCGUGACACUAGCGAGCGAAGCGAGGUAGUGGAGCAGUACUUACUAGAUGAGUCUACUAUCGAGCGCAACACUAGCGAGCGAAGCGAGGUAGUGGAGCAGUACUUACUAGAUGAGUCUACUAUCGAGCGUGACACUAGCGAACGCAACACUACCUCGCUUCGCUCGCUAGUGGAGCAGCACUUUCUAGAUGAGCGCGACACUAGCGAGUGGAGGAGUACUUACUAG